AUGGGAGACAAUCCACUGUCUGUGCUACAGCAACUCGCAUCUAAUCCCCAGCUGAUUACUCAGAUGCAGGGAAUUUUAGCACUUCUGUCACCUGGACAUGGUGAUGGUGCCACUGGUGCCCGCCCUGGAGGGGUGGGUCUAGAACAAAUUGCUGCGUUAUGCCCCCAGCCGCGCACACUGCAAAAUACGGCUACAACAGAUAUGGGAGCAGCAUCUUCUCUCAUGGCAGGUGGCUUAAAUGUUGAACCCCCACGUCAGCAAACUCGCUGGCCCUCACCAGUGGCAACUGCGUCUGAAAGCAGUAACUUACAGUCGCGUGGUGACAGCAAAAGCGAUGUAGGGAAAUAUGGCGUCGUUUCUGUUGAGCGUUAUGAGCGGCUCAUGGCUCGCUACAAAGAACUAGAGAAGCAAUCACACCGGAGACAAGGGAAGAGGAGUGAACCCGUCGUCGAUACGCAGCGUGUCCUUGAUCUUGAAGAGGAAGUGGCGAGACUUAAGCGAACGAUAGGACAUCUACAGGGGGUUGUUGAGGAGAAAGAGAGCGCAUUAGAGAAACACGCAACUCAACAUAACUUAGAGGUUCAUGAGAUGAAAAAAAACUAUGAAUUAAAGAUAAAAUCCCUCACACAGACGCAUGAAGCCGCAGUGCGGAAGUUGGUAAGUGCACAGGAGUUGGUAACUGCCGCUAGGAACUACCAGACGGCUGUUUGUGCCAAUAAUGUUGGCGGGGGUAAUUCCGUAUCUACCACCUCAGGGCAACCGCUUUCUAAUACUGUAAAUCACACCAGAGGAUUAACCACAACAUCAUCUGGUAGUGGACCGAAUCAACCGUACACACUUCCACACCCCGAUGGGAAUGCGUGGAUGAGUGCCACCACCAGCGACGACAGGUCCGCACCAGUCACCACUAAAAACAGUCACUCAGUGAAACGAGAGCGCGAGGGCACUGUUUCCACGACUCCCACCAGACCCCUCAAGAAGCGGAAUCCCCGCACCCCCAGCUAUACUGUAGCCGACAGGAUUUCCGAAACGGAUGAAUACGUCAAAAAAGGUUCUCCUGUGGUGAAGAAGGAACUCAAUUCGCCGACGGCGGAGGCACAACAGACGUGCCUCGACGGCAUGGGGUAUCAACCUGCGGUUGGUUCCAACAUCUUGCGUGCACAAACCUCUUAUACAUCGGCUGCGUGCACUCUAGUGGAAGCUGUGAGCAACAGUCGGCAACAGUUCCAGCAACAACGAAGUGAAAGUGUUCAAAUGCAGCCGAGAUCUGGCGCGGUAGCGCUCCGUCAACGCACAGGAGGUCUUUCCCCCGUCGCAUCAUCGAGCGGUUCUGCACUGAUGGCAACUCCAAGUAGUCGUGGACUCCGCCGACCGUUUCGCCCAGUGAGCGGUGCCUCCUCUGCUGUUGGAGGGUCCACUCGUUCCCCUUCUCCUGUCGAUCCGAAGCGAGGGGCAGUGCAGCCACGUUACUUUAUUACGACGAGUCUAACAGAAAAGGAACGGAACAGUGUGAUGGAGGCGAUCCAGAAACUCGGUCAGCGCGCGGUCCUUGUUGAUAACAAGGUAGAUGAAAUUCUUCCGCUGAACACAACACAUAUUGUUCUCCGUGGUCCCCCACGGAGCGUGAAAGCGUUGUGCGGUGUUGUGUCCUCAAAAUGGUUAGUUCAGCCGUCAUAUGUGUUUGAUUCACUCGGUGCCGGUUUCUGGUUGGAUGAGGAAGUUGAGGGCGGACUCCGGUACUUCCCGCCACCGUUAAGAUGUCAACGGUUUCUUUUGACAAUGCCGGAAGGAGUGGUGAAAACGAUGCUGCAACGUGUGGUGGAGUUCGGUGGCGGUGAGGUGGUUGGCACGAAACGAAAUGGGAGCUCGAACGAUCAGGACGUAGUCGUAGUUUCGUCAGGAGAUGAGUUGUUACGUUUCGCUAUAAGUCGUGAUUAA